AUGACUGCAAAUGGCGUGCAGGUGUGUUCGCCUUCCCAGCACCCCCAUUGCCCGACUGAGGCCGGGAGCAUCUGGCCAAACUUACUCCCCCACCGCAAGCGGGAGAGGGAAUCAGCCCGGACCAUUGGCGCCCCCAGGCCCUGGCCAAGCGACGGGGGAUGUGAGUUCAGGUGGCCACCCAUUAAUCUAGCGGCGCCGGCGAAGCUUGACCGUGAGCCCCAGUUCACAGGCAGCUGGGCAGAUGUCCAGCGUACACCGGCCUCUGGUGGGGGUGAGGUCGGUCUGGUCAGCACGUCGAUCUCAAGCUUGGAGCAUGCCGAUCUCAAUCUUGGCGCGCGCCUCACUCGCCAGCUCCAUUCAAGCAGGCUCCCCUGGCAUGGGGACCUCUGUCUCCUCAUGCGGCAUCUCCUUCACUGCCACCGCCGCUCCCAGCUCAAGCAGCCGAAUGCCGCACAGGAUCCCCAGUGUUUAGGCUUAGGGCAUGGCCUGAUCAGAUUUCAACCAGGUUCACCAAUGCAACAUCGAAGUCCUCUACGUGUUCCCGAUGUGGAUAAGCGACCUAACUUCCAUCAGCUACACUCAGAAGCCUGGUCCAAAAGUCCUUCCCUGUUGCUCCAGCAGAGUCAGGCGUCCUCUCUGACUGAGCAACCAGUGAAAAUUACUCCGGAGGAGGUGCUGUCUUUCAGAGUCGAAGAACAUCCUCCUGCUAUUUCACGGCACCAGAGCAUUGAUGUCAAAGAUGCAAAAGGACUUGUGAAAGCAUUAGAGAUCUUAUCAGGAAAUGACAACAGGGGAGGUGGUGGAAAAAAAGGCUUUGGCAGAAAGAUGUCAUAUGACAGUGCUGCAAGUUCAUUAUAUUCUGUUUCACACCCAAACUUGCUUCAAGAUAGUCUUGCCUUUUCCCAUGAAUCCAGACCUGCAGAAGAAGAUUCAUCUGACUGUCUUACACAGCUGAAUGUUUCCAGUCUGCAAAAUGUGGUGCGUCGGCAGAACAUUGGUAUUGCCCACUACAGUUCUGACUCUCAGUUGCAGCAAUUCAGCAGCAGAGACAGAACCUCAAAGAGCAGUGGUGAUGCUGGAUUGGCAGCGGAAAGACACAAGCUGGUCUCCAAUCUGUCGGGAUCCAGGGAGUCCUUGGAGAGCUCGGCCCAGAGGCGAGCCACUACAGGGCUGGAGCGAAGAGGCUCAGGAGCUCUUCUUCUGGAUCACAUUGCCCACACACGCCCCGGAUACCUGCCUCGUUUGAAUCCUCAUAUUCCCAUACCAGAUAUUGGGGUUAGCUCUAAAACUUCCUGCCCUUUAAGUGGAAGUACCAAGACACUGAAUGAUGUUCUUAUAGGCUCAAAUCCUGUUCUACCCUGUGCACCUGUUUUCCCCAAGGAUCUGAAAGCUAAGAAAAUGUUGUGGAGACGUCACUCAAUGCAGAGUGACCAAAUAAAACAACUUGCCAACUUUGAGGAAACUUUUGGGCACUAG